AUGGCGUUGCCAAAGUUCGCGCUUCUACUAUUUUUCGCCAGCCUCGCUCUUCUUGCGCCGACACCGAAAGGAUGGCGAAUCAUUUGCGUAGGGUUCGGUUACGGUAACCCGCUCAAUCCGUGGGGCUCUGCCGUGACGAAGUACAAAGCUGGACCCGUACACCCAUUCGAUGUAGUCAUGUUCCGGUGGAUGACGGGCGAGGUGCACAGCGUGUACAUGAUGGAGGACCCGGUCAAGUUCGCCACGUGCAACGUCAAGGGCACCAAGGAGCUCUUCCGGCCGUCGGGCGCGGGCCACGUGCUGUGGAUCCCGCAACCCACCGAUCUGGGGAAGACGUUCUACUUCGUGAGCAAGGGCAAGGACUGCCUCAACGGCAUCAAGGCCACUCUCAAGAUCACGUAG